AUUUCAUCAAAUCUCUGAGAGUGUUCAAUUCAACUUUACUGUUCAUAUAUAUAUACAAAUAUCAAUUCUUGUUAGCUACUAUAUACUUAGCCAUGGCGAUGCUGAGAUCAUUUACUACACGAAGAAGCCCGUUCGCCUACGAGCAAUUGAGCGACGAAACUCCUCUGAUUGAAAUUGAUCAUCCGAAACUAGUGAGGACGAAGACGGUGCCAGCCGGCAAGCACGUUUUCAGUUCGCCGUCGUCGAAGAAUAAGGUGUCGUCGGAGCUGCACAGUAGUUUUCAGGCGGCGGCGGCGGCGGCGAAAUCUCAGGCGAAGCAAGUGCACAAGGCCAGCAAGGUUCACCCGCUUUUCAGCCUCUUCGAUGGCCGGAAGAAGUCGAGAAAAGUGACGGCGAGGCCGGAGUUCUCGAGGUACCUUGAGUAUGUUAAGGAAGGCGGAUAUGGCGGUAUACGGGACAUGGCCUCUAAGACCAAUAUUUCUGUAUUGUGAUUUCUCAAGUGUGUUCUAUUUUUGUGUUUGAUUUUAUUAUAAUUUUUCUUGCUUUAAAUUAAAUGUUAAUUACUUUGUAUAAAGGGAAAAGGGUAAUAUGUGCUUAUGGAGAAUAAUAAUAAUAAUAUUCCAUUUUUAUGAGA